AUGUCUGCAGCACAGCUUCUCAAUCCGAAGGCCGAGUCGAGGAGGCGGGGUGAGGCUCUGCGCGUGAACAUCAGCGCCGGCGAGGGUCUGCAGGAUGUCCUAAAGUCCAACCUGGGCCCACUGGGCACCAUAAAGAUGCUUGUGGAUGGUGCUGGUCAGAUCAAGUUGACCAAGGACGGCAACGUGCUUCUGCGCGAGAUGCAAAUACAGAACCCGACGGCAGUGAUGAUCGCACGAGCGGCAACGGCACAGGACGACAUCUGCGGCGACGGCACGACGUCGGUGGUGCUUCUGGUGGGCGAGCUGCUGAAGCAGGCAGAUCGGCACAUCUCGGAGGGGCUGCACCCGCGGAUCAUCACAGACGGCUUUGAGAUUGCCAAGAAUGAGGCGUUAAAGUUCCUUGACGAGUUCAAGCUGCCAAAGGAGGUCGACCGCGAGCUGCUCCUGAACGUGGCGCGGACAUCGCUUGCGACGAAGCUGAACGCCACGCUCGCAAACAGACUGACGCCGGACAUUGUGGAUGCGGUUCUGGCGAUCUACCAGGCGCCGGCCAAGCCGGACCUGCAUAUGGUGGAGAUUAUGAAGAUGCAGCACCGGACGGCGUCUGAGACGCAGCUGAUCCGUGGACUGGCACUGGACCACGGAGUACGCCACCCGGACAUGCCGAAGCGGGUGGAGAACGCACACAUUCUGAUUAUGAACGUCAGCCUGGAGUACGAGAAGACGGAGAUCAACUCGAGCUUCUUCUACUCGAGCGCGGAGCAGCGCGACAAGCUGGUGGACAGCGAGCGGCGGUUCGUUGACGCGAAGCUCAAGAAGAUCCUGGAGCUCAAGAAGCAGGUGUGCGGCAACGACCCGAAGAAGAGCUUUGUGAUCAUCAACCAGAAGGGUAUCGACCCGCUGUCGCUGGACGUGCUGGCCAAGAACGGGAUCCUGGCGCUGCGACGGGCAAAGCGCCGCAACAUGGAGCGGCUGCAGCUGGUAUGCGGCGGAACAGCGCAGAACAGCCUGGACGACCUGUCGCCGGAGGUGCUGGGAUGGGCUGGGCUGGUGUACGAGCAGCAGCUGGGCGAGGAGAAGUUCACGUUUGUGGAGGACGUCAAGGACCCGAAGUCGGUGACACUACUGAUCAAGGGCCCCAACCAGCACACGAUCACGCAGAUCACGGAUGCGGUGCGCGACGGUCUGCGCAGCGUGUACAACAUGAUUGUGGACAAGAGCGUGGUGCCUGGAGCGGGAGCUUUCCAGGUAGCGUGCGCUGCACACCUUAAGUCGGACGCUUUCGCGAAGACGGUCAAGGGCAAGGCGAAGUGGGGUGUGGAGGCGUUUGCGGAUGCGCUGCUGGUGAUUCCCAAGACGCUGGCGGCAAACGCAGGUCUGGACGUCCAGGAUGCCCUUGCUGCUCUUCAGGACCAGCUGGCCGAGGGCAACGUCGUGGGUCUGGAUCUGGCGACGGGCGAGCCGAUGGACCCUGAGCUGGAGGGGAUCUUUGAUUCAUUCCGUGUGCUGCGGAACAGCAUUGCGUCGAGCUCCAGCAUUGCGUCGAACCUGCUUCUGUGCGACGAGCUCCUGAAGGCUCGCCAGAUGAGCCGGCAAGGUGGUCCGGGCCCUGGCAUGGACGGCCCGGAGCAGUGA